GCGCUCAGUCGCCGCGCUGGGUGGGGAUUGGUCCGCGCUUCCCGGCUUGGAUUCCUCGCAGUUACGCGGCCGCAGUUCGCCGCACACCUGUUCGCUCAGCCCACCGGCGGCGCGGGGGUUCUCUGCAGUGCUUCCUCCUGCCUGCCGGUUCGAAGGGCGGGGAGAAAGUUUGGGCCGUCCCGCCUCCGGCUCCCAACGGGACCCCAAGUCGCACCACUGAGCCGUCGCAGGGCGAGAUGAGCGCGGACGCGGCGGCCGGGGAGCCCCUACCCCGGCUCUGCUGUCUGGAGAAGGGCCCGAACGGCUACGGCUUCCACCUGCACGGGGAGAAGGGCAAGCUGGGCCAGUUCAUCAGGCUGGUGGAGCCCGGCUCACCAGCCGAGAAGGCGGGGCUGCUGGCCGGAGACCGGCUGGUGGAGGUGAACGGCGAGAACGUCGAGAAGGAGACCCACCAGCAGGUGGUGAGCCGCAUCCGCGCCGCACUCAACGCAGUGCGCCUGCUGGUGAUCGACCCCGAGACGGACGAGCGGCUGCAGAAGCUGGGUGUCCAGGUCCGGGAGGAGUUGCUGCACGCCCAGGACGGGCCCGGGCAGGCCGAGCCCCCGGCCGCUACCGAGGCGCAGGAGGCUGGUGGCGAAAAUGAGCCGCAGGCCGCCGCGCCGGAGCCGCGCGAAACCGAGAAGAGCCGUCCGGAGCGGCGGGAGCUGCGGCCUCGGCUCUGCACCAUGAAGAAGGGCGCCAACGGCUACGGCUUCAACUUGCACAGCGACAAAUCCAGGCCGGGCCAGUUCAUCCGGGCAGUGGACCCAGACUCACCUGCCGAGGCCUCAGGACUCCGGGCUCAGGACCGCAUCGUGGAGGUGAACGGGGUCUGCGUGGAGGGCAAGCAGCACGGGGAUGUGGUAUCUGCCAUCAAAGCUGGUGGGGAUGAGACCAAGCUACUGGUGGUUGACAAGGAGACUGAUGAGUUCUUCAAGAAAUGCAAAGUGAUCCCAUCUCAGGAGCACCUGAAUGGUCCCUUGCCUGAGCCCUUUACCAACGGGGAGAUUCAGAAGGAGAACAGUCGUGAAGCUCUGGCAGAGGUGGCCUCUGAGAGCCCCAGAUCAGCCCUGGCAAGAUCCAUCUCCAGUGAUACCAGUGAGGAGCUGAACUCCCAAGACAGCCCCAGGAAACAGGACUCCACGGCCCCCUCAUCUACCUCCUCCUCCUCUGACCCCAUCUUGGACUUCAGCGUCUCCCUGGCCGUGGCCAAAGAGAGGGCCCAUCAGAAGCGCAGCAGCAAACGGGCCCCGCAGAUGGACUGGAGCAAGAAAAAUGAGCUCUUCGGCAACCUCUGAGCAUCCUGCUGCUGGUGCCCAGGAAAGCUGGGAGGGCCUGGCCAGCCCCCAGGCCCCAGCCCUGCUCCCUCGCCCUCCUCCUCACUCACUCCCUGCUCCUCCUCCAAUCAACACUUAAAUCAGCACCAGCACCCUCCCUGCCCCCACCCCCAUCGGUGAAUCUGAUUUUUCUAGAGAACAGUGCUCUUCCCUUACCUCUGGAAAGGUGAAUGUGUUUCCAUCCCGCCCCGACCAGAAAGCAGACUCUUUCCUGCCCCUCCUCCGGGAGUGCUCCAGCCCCUUGCCACUCCCCAGGGACAUUACCGGAACGCACACCAAGCAAGGAUGGGGGGGACCUGGCGAGGGCUCCCAUUCCCUUGCAACCCCAAGUGAUGACUAAGUCCGGGGUUGGUGAGGACCCCCAGUGACAGCAGUGACACUGCGGAACGGACAGGGGUCCCUCUUCCUCAGAGACGGGGUUUGGGCAUCUUCUUUUCGUUGAUUUGAUUUUUUGAGUGCAGUACCGGAAUUUAGAGGGAUUUCGGUUUCCUUAAUUAACAUGAUUUGUCAGGUUGUUGCAUCCGGGACAUGGCAUCAACCUCGGCCUUGAACUUCGUUCCUGCCCUGGAGCCCCGGGCAGCAUGGGGGCAGGUCUCGCUAUCCCCUGCCCAGCCACCCUAGUGUAAGGAAACUCCGUCAAAUUCAGCUGGCUUCCAUCCUG